AUAACUUUUGGGCGAACCAAAACCCUAGAUUUCAAAAUUGUCCUUUCGAUCAACCAAAUCACUGUAACAAAAAUUAUUUGCAAUAAAGUUUGCGUAUUUGAAACCACACAAGCCAUACGGAUUUAUCGUUAUCGACAAUUUUGUUCAUAGAGCUCGUCAUCUCCGCUCAUCGGAGUUGCAGUCAUUUAUUUGCACCCGCAAUUGAAUAUUCGUUGAUGUGUUUCACCAACGUUACUCAUCAAUAUACAUGCAGCAUGUCUUUGAUCAGCCUUUUUGAUGAACGAAACAAUGCGGUUACGAAAAAUCGCUGAAGAAAUUUGAUAUAUAUUAUAUUUUUUCUGAGUUUGUGUUACGAGCUAGGGUUUCGAGGUUUGAGGUAAUUUUGAGGAAUUUUGAAGAGAUUAAUGGCUCAGAAUGGUCAGGGUAUGGACCCUGUGGUACUGGAUGAUAUAAUUAAUCGGCUUUUGGAGUUCAGACAGGCGAGGACUGUGCGGCAGGUGCAGCUUUCGGAGGCGGAGAUUCGUCAGCUUUGUGCCGCUGCUCGAGAGAUAUUUCUACAGCAGCCGAAUCUUCUGGAGCUCGAAGCUCCAAUUAAGAUCUGUGGUGACAUUCACGGGCAAUAUAGCGAUCUGUUAAGGCUGUUUGAAUAUGGCGGGUUUCCUCCAGAAGCAAAUUAUCUGUUUUUAGGGGAUUAUGUAGAUCGUGGCAAACAGAGUCUAGAAACUAUAUGCCUUUUACUCGCAUACAAAAUCAAAUAUUCUGAAAAUUUCUUUCUUCUAAGAGGAAACCACGAAUGUGCUUCCAUCAACAGGAUUUACGGAUUCUACGACGAAUGUAAACGCCGUUUUAACGUUAGGCUUUGGAAAACGUUUACCGAUUGUUUCAACUGUCUUCCUGUGGCUGCUCUUAUUGAUGACAAAAUAUUAUGCAUGCACGGCGGUCUUUCUCCUGAUCUAACAGACAUGGAUCAAAUAAGAAACUUAUCUCGUCCAAGCGACGUUCCAGAUACGGGUUUACUUUGUGAUUUACUUUGGUCAGAUCCUAAUAAAGAAACUAAAGGUUGGGGAAUGAAUGAUAGGGGAGUCUCGUAUACUUUCGGUGCAGAUAAAGUGGCUGAGUUUUUAAUGCAGCAUGAUAUGGACCUUGUUUGCCGUGCCCAUCAGGUUGUAGAAGAUGGGUAUGAUUUUUUUGCAGAUAGACAGCUUGUUACUAUAUUCUCUGCUCCAAAUUAUUGUGGCGAAUUUGAUAAUGCCGGUGCAAUGAUGAGUGUUGAUGAGAGCUUAAUGUGUUCGUUCCAAAUCUUGAAGCCAGCCGACAGAAAACCUAGAUUUUAUUGACUUGGUGACCCACAAGACUUUUAAGAUGGCUAUCAUCUUGCCCAUUAUUUUCGGUAGGGGUGAGCAAAAACUGAUUGUGCAUUAGCAGCGGCAUGUGAACAUUUUUGUUAGAGGAGUUCAUAUAAGUGUGAAUUUUCUAAUUGCCCUCUGAUUGUGCAGACUAAGAGCUUCUUCAAAUACUUGGGGCUGGUGAAGUUUUCUGUUCAGAACAUGUCUUUUUUUGUUCAAGUUUUUGUGUUUUAAGAUAAGUGUUGUUCCAGGAUUUUUUAACUUUAUAUUUAAAACAGUACUAAUCAGAAUCUUGUUUUUAAGACAGCAAUUUAUGACGACAUUGUAAAUACAUUUAUUAUUAAUUUUUUGUUUCGUU